GCACUGAGCACAGCGGACCCGUCCUCGUACCCCCAAGAGCGCUCAGAGUGUACAAAAGAAAAAAAACAGGCUGACAGUGUCUUGCAGGGGGACAGAGGAGGAGGAGACCGCAGGACUGGAGUGAAGGAGACGAGUGAGACCCGAGCUAGGCCGCAGCCACCGCCUGACACAGUGCCGCACACUCAGACACAGUGAGCAGCAGUGGCAGGCAGCACAUGCCACAUGGGAGCACAAACUGGUUAGAGAGGGAGACCAGCCCAUCCGUUACCCGGCUCGCAGGACAGGGAGCUAGGCCGCAGCUGCCAGUGCCACACACUCCGAGUCCCUUCAUCAUCACAGGCAGCAGGAGAGGAGACCCGCAGGUGCCACGUGCCAGCCAGACUCUGCCACCUUGUUGUGACAGGCUCAGUCCAGUCCACCACAGGCAGGAGGAGAAUCGCUCCACCACCAGCAGCCAGCAGUGCCACCACCACCACCACCACCACCACCACCACCAGCACCACCGUCGUCGUUAUCAUCGUAUCAUCAUUAAUCAGGUAGGAAAACUAAUAAACAUCAUCUUUCACAUUAUAUUAAAUAACUAUGUCAUGAAAGGUUUAAUGAGUUUAAGUGACAAUCACCAGACCAUACCAUUGCCAUUUAAUUAAUUAUGGUUACGUUUAUGACUGUAGGUCUGCAGUGCUGGUGCUGGUCUAGG